AUGGGUGAUUCUGCCUCACUUCAUGACAGACCGGUUGAAAUUCUGGCAAGAAAUCCGGCUCUUCCUAAAAACAUUUCCAUAGAUUCUUCCCGAGAGCAUUCGCAGGCACCUCCACAACAUGAGCAGCUACAGACCAUCCUGUUAGCUAGACCUAGCUACGUCCCCCCGCUAAAUUUCUCGUUGGUCGAAGAUGGAAUCUACCGCAGUGGAUUUCCAAUGCCCAUCAACUACCCAUUCAUGGAGCAGUUGAAGUUGAAAACUAUAAUCUACUUAGGAGACUUGGGACCGGAGGUUUCCAAGGACAAGAUCAAGAAGGACAAGAAAGACAAGGAUAAAGAAGAAAAGAAAGCGAAAAAACCAAAGAAGGAUAAACAUGGUACUGCCGAAAUCUUCGAAAACUACACGGCAUGGAUCGAAACCACCGACAUCACCUUCCACCAUCUAGUGAUGCACACUUCACAAGAACCUUUUAUUCUGAACACACAUGCUGAAACACAGGCGGCUCUCGUGAAGGCGCUUGAGCUCAUGUUGGAUAAACAGAACUUCCCCAUGCUUAUCCACUCUAACAAGGGCAAGCACCGCAUCGGAGUGUUGGUAGGGCUUAUGAGGAAGAUUCUUCAGGGUUGGUGUAUGAGUGGCAUUUUUGAAGAAUAUGAGAAGUUUGCUAUGGGUAAAUCCGAGUUUGAUUUGGAAUUUAUUGAGCUCUGGCAGCCUGAGCUAGCGUACGACGAGGCAUACCUCCCGGGGUUUGUACGAAUAUAG